AUGUCUGUCACACAAGAGACAUUAGAGAAUUCCAAGCUUAUAAACUGGACGAUAUUCCAAGAGAUAUUGCUGAUGGACGAGGACGAGGAAGGGUUUGCAUUUUCAUUGAUUGAGACGUUUGUUGAGCAAGCCAAGGACACUUUUACAAAAAUUGAGGAGUUAUUAGGCGACAACAAUGGGGACACAGAGGAUAACUUGAGGCAGUUAUCACAAUUGGGGCACUAUUUAAAAGGUUCUGCUGCUGCAUUAGGCUUACAAAUGGUACAAAACGAAUGUGAAAGAAUCCAGAACUAUGGGAAAAAGGAGAGUGUUGCAUAUGAGGACGAUCCUCUAGUUGCCAACGCCAAUACUCCACAGGACUGGCUCAGAUGUUGCAGUUCUGCCUUUCAACAGGCCAAGAUAUACUUUGAGGAGAGCAGACAGUUGCUCAGUGGAUAUUUCCGUGCUCCACUUUGA